UUUAAUGUCCCUUGAGGAGCAGAAAACAAUGUGCCUACCAUGUUUUAAAUCCAUACUGUACUAUCAUAAUACAACGUGUGACAGGUUCAAUAAAGAAAUGUAGAGUAAAAGUAUCUGUUUCAUAUACCUACACAAGGUUGCUCAAAUAAAUUUGGGCAGAAACUGGUUAUCUCGUACGCAAUACAUUAACAUCGGCCACUGCUACAGUCAUAUAAAAACGUAAUUAAAAUUAAACAAUCAACAGAUACCUCGAGAUACUCAAAUAGUGAACAAUAACAAUUAAAAAAUAUGGUGGCCAAAGUAAGUACCUAUCUCUGUACACAUAGUUUUUCUAUUAAUAUAAAAACUUUCUUAAUCACAAUGAUAUAAUGGUAAUUAUUUAACGCAGAUUGCUUCAGUCAUUACCCUCCUCGCCGUGGCGAGCGCGCGGCCGCAGCGCCACCACGGUCAUGGUCAUGAGCACCACAGUCACGGACACGCAGUCUCCUCACAGAGCGUCGUGCUGCACCAGACGCAACACCACCCCGAACACCACGCCCACCACGAGGAACUCAGUGAACAUCACAACGAAGGACAUCACCAUGAGGAACAACACCACAAUGAUCACCAUGAACACCACCACGGUCACGCCUCCUCAUCACAGAGCCUGCACCAGCACCACUCACAUGGCACCGAGAAACACGUCGAAUACUAUGUAAGUCAAUUACCUAUAUUAUAAGCCCAUAUACAUGUAUAUACAUAUGUUUUAACACCGAUGCUAAUAAUACCUAUGUUGCAGGGUCACCCUAAAUACGAGUUCUCUUACCAAGUGAAGGACCCUCACACACACGAUAUCAAGUCCCAGCACGAGACGCGCGACGGUCACGCCGUGCACGGCGAGUACAGCCUGCACCAGCCCGACGGCAGGGUCAGGACUGUCAAGUACCACGCUGACCACAAGACCGGAUUCAACGCAGACGUCCACUACGAGGGUCACGCCACACACGUCGUUCCUGAACACCACCAUCACCACUGAUUCUUUGUUAUGCCUCAAUUGUUACCGAGUGUUAUUUUUGUUAUCUAAUAUGAUACUGCAAAUAAAUUACCUAGUCCCAAAA